AUGCAGUUGCGUCCGGUUGUGGUCGAUCGCGGAUUCUGGAUCGGCGCGUUGCAUUCUGGGGCUCGUAGUUUUCCCCGAGCGGGCGGCCGGGUUCGGCUCGGUGACAGCGGCGGCCGUCGCGCGGCGACUCCGCGCGCUCCUGUCCCGUACGGUCGGUUCUGGGCGGAGCUUCGGCAAGAUGGCGCCGCCCGUGUCGCCCUUGGUUACGGGGCGCUGCUUUCUGCGGGCGGCCGCUCGACGCGCCGCUCUCACGGUCGCGGGCUGGUCCGAGGCCGGCGCCCCGCGGAAAGGUCAGUGACUCUGGGGCGGCGUUGGCCAGUGGUCCUCCGGGGGUGGGGUCAGCGCUCGGACCGGGCUGUGAUGUCUCAUCUCGGAGUCCUGAGAAGACCUUCCAAAGAUGUAGGCCAAGGUGGUGGGAUGGCCGCUUAUGCAGUUCAGGCAACUGAGGAAGCAACCAGUAGCACUCUAGCAGAUGCUAAUUCUAAGGCAUUGUUGGUUUGCAAUGGACCUUUAGAACAUUAUGAUUUUCUAGUCAAAACAAAGGAGCUGAAGAAUGACGAACAACAACGGAAAGUCAUGCAGUGCCUACAGAAGCUUCAUGAAAGCCUUAAAGGUUACAGUAUCAGUUCAAAACACCUCUUAUCAAAGUUAUUUACAAGACACAAACUUUUAAAAGGCCUUUAUGUCUUUGGAGAUGUUGGCACGGGAAAGACAAUGGUGAUGGACAUAUUUUAUUCCCAUAUACGAGUAGAAAGAAAAAAGAGAGUCCAUUUCCAUGGCUUCAUGUUAGAUGUGCACAAAAGAAUACAUCGCCUUAAGCAGAGCUUACCAAGGAGGAAACCUGGGUUAAUGGCUAAGCCAUAUGAUCCAAUAGCCCCUAUAGCUGCUGAAAUAAGCGAGGAGGCUUGUCUCCUGUGUUUUGAUGAAUUUCAGGUCACAGACAUUGCUGAUGCCAUGAUUCUCAAACAGCUUUUUGAAAACCUGCUCCAAAAUGGUGUCGUUGUUGUGGCAACAUCCAACAGGCCGCCAGAAGACCUCUAUAAAAAUGGGCUCCAGAGAGCUAACUUUGUGCCGUUCAUUGCAGUACUAAAGAAAUAUUGUAAUACCAUCCAACUGGACUCUGGAAUAGACUACAGGAAACAAGGGCUUCCAGCUGCAGGGAAACUUUACUACCUCACAAGUGAAGCUGAUGUGGAGGCUGUCAUGGAUAAGUUGUUUGAUGAGCUGGCUCAAAAACAAAAUGAUUUAACUAGACCAAGGAUUUUAAAAGUACAAGGCAGAGGGCUGAGAGUGAAUAAAGCAUGUGGAACCGUUGCAGACUUCACGUUUGAAGAGCUGUGUGACAGACCACUUGGUGCCAGUGAUUAUUUGGAAAUAGCCACACACUUUGACUUGGUCUUCAUUCGUCACAUUCCUCUGCUUACAAUGGCAAAAAGGACUCCUGCUCGGCGCUUCAUUACUCUCAUUGAUACGCUUUACGACAAAAAGGUACGCGUCAUUUGUUCUGCAUCAGCCCCACUUCAGAGUAUAUUUCUUGAAGAACUCCAUGAUAGUGGCCAGGACGAAAGUAGGAUACUGAUGGAUGAUUUGGGGUUAAGCCAGGAUUCUGCUAAAGCACUCUCUAUGUUUACGGGAGAAGAGGAGAUUUUUGCUUUUCAGCGUACCAUCUCACGACUCACCGAAAUGCAGGCUGAACAGUACUGGAAAGAAGGGGACAGGAGCAAGAAGAGCCUAUUGUAGCUUGAACGGCUACAGUGUCAAUAAACAAGCA